GCUUUUAGUGCCCUGGCCGAAUCAUCCGGGCGUCCCAACUAUUUGAGCCACAGCUGUGAAAGUUGCGGGGGCCAAACUCAGGGACGCCGGGCGGUCAUCUCCAAAGACUCCGGCCGGCUUGUUGAACUUAACUGAGUCAGCUGGGGCGUUUAGGCUUCUUCAACGCGACUCGAGUACUGAGACCACAAUGCGACGUCACUGUCUGUGCCCCACGCUUCGAGUGCCCGAGCGUUGGUAAACAACCAAAACACGAGGCCAGCGCUUUAACCAUGUCCUAUGACUACCUGCGUUUCUUUUGUACCAUGCAUUGUUUAUGACACGCCUCCAACUAAUGUCGACACCGAGUCAUCAUGAACCAUUCCCAGCUUGCCGAUCUCCUCGCUAAGACGAUGCCUCACAAUCCUUCCUCCGGCUUCUCCAAUCGGACUGCGCAUGAGACAGCUACCCUGUCACCCCGACAGAAGUUUCAGUCACACGUCCGCACCUUGAGCGAUGAUGGUUCUCUCGCUUCUCGAGACACGCCAUCUCCACGAAGAUCACCUGAACAACUGCAACCUGUUUCAACCUUGCGCGUCAAGAAGAGUGAAAGUCCUCCUCCACGACAUCCUGCCCGACCAAGUCCGGUUCACAGACACACAGACUCAAACCUCAGCACGAUUCGUUUCGAGCCUGACUUCGUGGUAGAAGAGCGGGAAGCCUGGGCAAAGCCGUCACCGCUUAGAAUACGGAAACGACCGUCCAACGAUAUCUACCUUCUUCAACCUCCCGAAGAAAACUCUCCAGUGCGUCAACCUAGCAAGCAGAAACUGAAGCAAUUUGGUCCUCUGCCAGAUACGGUAGACAGUGAUGGAAGACCCAAGACCCGCCAUGGAUCUGACCCGAGUCGGUCGAGUCUCACACUUGAUAAUCUUAAUGAUAAUGGAGAAGAAGAGCAGAGGAAGAAGAACUCAAGGUUUGCUGAGGGCAGCAUGAACAAUAGGUCUACUGGGGUAUCCUCAACGUGGCAUGAACAUGGUUCGAUUCUCUCCGGUACUGAAUCUGACAAUGAGUCCACUCCGAGACCAUCUCCACAACGUUCUUCGAUCGACAUUGACGAAUUCAAACCACCGACUGUCACUCCCGGUACCUUGAAACAACGCCUGUUCAAGAUCGGAACCGCAUUCAAACCACACGAAAAGGCCACCAAAGCUGAUGCAGCGCCACCCAACGAGAAGAAAAAGAGGGGCUUACGCAAGAGUAUCUCCAUGUGGAAUAUAGGUCACAAAGGUGAUAAGGUGAAAACCCGUGGGCCUUCGACGGACGACCAGACACUAAAAGCGCCGAUGCCAACCGAAACAGCUGUGCAUGACCCGAACGUAGAAGUGCUCAACGAGCGGAAGAGACGAGCUGAAGAAGCGUACGCCGUACAAUUCGGCACUAAGAGGAGGAAGUCCACCGGAGGUCAAGUAGUAUUGCCGGAUCUCGCAGCUACGGCACCAGCCCCAACCGACAUUCCACCCCUACCGGUGCACCGGUCGUUGAGCAAAACACCCACAGGUGCUCGACGAGUACGGAGGCCUUCUGCAGUCUAUAUCAACACCGACUCUGAAGUGUCUGAUAGCCACAGCGACAUCGACCACCAGAAGCGCCCGAGCCUGCGUGAAUUGGAGAAGGAGAACCAACAACUCAGAGCAAUGUUGAAACAACAGCAAAACCAAUCGCAACCACGACCGAGUGAUGCUCUUGUCACUCGAACAGUCUCAACUUCCGCAUCUGCACAUCAGCUGGCUAACUCGGAGAAAACGCAAGAUGCCACUUCUCGCAAAACAUCCGGCACCAGAAACUUUUCGAAACCAGUUGUGAAAGACGUUCCACCUCUCCCUUUGGUACCCGAUCGAGUCGCUCUCAGGACUUUAAGCAACACAAGAAAUCAGCCCAAGAACAAUAACAGCAACAAUGUGCAGAAACCCAGCACCACAAUUACCGUCGAACCUAAUAAUGACGAUGCCCCCAUUGCUCUGGAUGUCAAGAAGCGACCUCGAGCACCAAGCGCAGGUGCUGCAGGUUUCCUUCGACCAGUCUCGAUGAUCCUGGAGGAAGAUGAAGACGCCGGGGAGAACAAAACGCCUACUCCCAGUCCGAGGCGAAGAAUGCUGGAACCGAGCUCCAUAGAGAAAAGAAAGGUCCGAGAUCAAGUUGCAGUGCAGAUGAAGGGCAUUAGAAGGGAGCAGUGGGAAUGGCCAGACGAUGUGUUUUGAACCGUUAGAUGUUGGGCAUCAUGAAGAGAUGAAUAACGAGGGUGACGAGUGAAGAUUGAAGAUUGGGGACGUGAAAGCCUGACGGAGCACCAAGGGUGUAUGGAUGUGGAUGGUUCAAGGUGCAUCGCCAGUGUGGGACAGCAUGGCAUACUCUUGUAGCGGGUACACACGCGGUACCAGUCCCGCCACAGCAACAAAAAUCAGUACAGAAAGAGGCUACACAGCUUCCUCACAUGAACAAAGAGACCGUAUUGGAUUUUGCAGACCAACAGAACGGAGCAACAGGGGUGGCCAAAGGAACAAUUGUUUUGGUUUUUCGUGGUUUUGUUUGUGCAGGAAACGAGGACAUGACAUAGCGUCCUGUCAAUAGCUUUGAAUACUUUUGUAGCGAGGUGCUUUCUUUUGAGCUGAGUUUGAAUGAAUAUUGCAGCCAU